AGGUGAACGUCCCUAUUCAUGUUCAACGUGUGGAAAGAGUUUUGCCGAUAAAGUAAAUGUUCUUCUACAUGAGAAGAAGCACAUGGGUGAGCGCCCCUAUUCAUGUUUGGUGUGUGGGAAAAGUUUUGCUGAUAAAGGAAACCUUCUUUUACACCAGAAAAUUCACACGGGUGAACGUCGGUAUUCAUGUUCAGAGUGUGGGAAAAGGUUCAAUCACAAAGGAGCCCUUUUUGAACACCAGAGAGUACAUACGGGAGAGCGUCCUUUCUCGUGUUCAGAAUGUGGCAAAUGCUUUAGUCAAAAAGGAAACCUCACUAAACACAACAGAAUUCACACGGGUGAGCGUCCUUAUUCAUGUUCAGAGUGCGGAAAGUCUUUUUCUGAGAAAUCAGAUCUUCUUAAUCACCAAAGAAUUCACACGGGUGAGCGUCCUUUUUCAUGCUCAGUGUUGUGUGGAAAGAGUUUCACCGAGAAAAGAUACCUUAUUAGACACCAGCAACGUCACACCGGUGAGCGUCCUUUUUCAUGUUCAGAGUGUGGCAAAUGUUUCAGUGAAAAAAGAGGUCUCCAAAGACACGAGAGAAGUCACACAGGUGAGCGUCCCUAUUCAUGUUCAGUGUGUGGGAAGGGUUUUGCUUUGAAAGGAAACCUUCAUAGACACCAGAGACAUCACACAGGUGAGCGUCCUUUCUCAUGUUCAGAGUGCGGAAAAUCUUUCACUCAGAAAGCAGGUCUUCAUAGACAUGAGAGAAGCCACACAGGUGAACGACCCUAUUCAUGUGCAGUGUGUGGAAAGAGUUUUGCUAAUAAAGGAAACGUUCUUCUGCAUGAGAAAAAGCACACAGGUGAGCGGCCCUAUUCAUGUUUGGUGUGUGGGAAAAGUUUUGCUGAUAAAGGAAACCUUCUUUUACACCAGAAAAGUCACACGGGUGAACGUCCUUAUUCAUGUUCAGAGUGUGGGAAAGGUUUCACUCACAAAGGAGCCCUUGUUGCACACCAGAGAGUACAUACGGGUGAGCGUCCUUUCCCGUGUUCAGAGUGUGGGAAAAGCUUUAGUCAAAAAGGAAACCUCACUAAGCACCAGAGAAGUCACACGGGUGAGCGUCCUUAUUCGUGUUCAGAAUGUGGGUUUUCUUUUUCUGUGAAAUCAGAUCUUCUUAAUCACCAAAGAAGUCACACAGGUGAGCGUCCUUUUUCAUGCUCAGUGUGUGGGAAAUGUUUCAUUCUGAAAAAGACACUUCGUACACACACGAGAAGUCAUACCGGUGAGCGUCCCUAUUCCUGUUCAACCUGUGGGAAAUGUUUCAUCCACAAAGUAAACCUUGUGGUGCACCAGAGAAGUCACACGGGUGAGCGUCCUUAUUCAUGUGCUGAGUGUGGGAAAAGUUUCAUUCACAAAGGAGGUCUUCUUGCGCACCAUAGAAGUCACACGGGUGAGCGUCCAUAUACAUGCUCAGUGUGUGGGAAACGUUUUGGUGAGAAAGCAAAACUUCUAAUACACCACAGAAGUCACACAGGUGAGCGUCCUUACUCGUGUUCAUUGUGCAGUAAACGUUUUUCUGAGAAAGCAAAACUCUUAAUACAUCAGAGAAGUCACACCGAUGAAUGAGCUUCAUUCAUGUUCAAUGUGCGGGAAAAGGUUUAUUG